AUGCAAGUCUAAUGUCCAAAACAUAAAGGAUCGGAGUUCCUUUAUAUUCUAUAAAAAGAGAAAGAAGUUGAAUUUAUUUGCGAUCAAUGCCAUACAAAUUUAAUAGAUAAUAAAAAAUUGGAUGACAAUUAAAAUUUAAUAAAUAUCAAGAGAGCUUUUUUAUAUCCAGAAUAUUUGUUUUCUAAAAUUAUAGAUUCCUAAAAAUUACAAUAAUUCUUUUAAUAAUUAAUUGAAUAUGAUGAACAAAAUUUAGAUAAUUAAUUAAUUUCAAUCGAAAACUAAAUAAAGGAAGUUCAAAGAUAGAUAAGUCUUAUGCACUAAGAGUUAGAAUUUAAUAAAAAGAAAUUUGUCUAACUUAGAUAAUAAAUAAGAGAAAAUCUAGAAGAGAUAAUCAAAUUUGAUGAAUUCAAAUCAUAUAUUGUUAACUUAAAUAACUUAUAAAAAUCUAUAGAUCCAUAAGACAUAAAGUAAAGUGAAAGAGAUGUUUAUAUUUACUUUUAGAAUUAAUUUAAAAAUAAAUCAUCAAUUGUUAACAACCAAGUUUUUACACUUCUAGAAUAUAAAAAUGAGUAUAUGAAACCAUCAACAUUUAUGUAUCCAGAAUUAAAGAAAUUAGAAAAUUAAUAUUAAUAAUUAAAGGAAAUGCAUUCUUCUUAUGAUAAGAUCAUAAACCCUCAAUUCCCUGGAAUUAUUUAAAAUACCAAAUUAAUUACAAAAGAAUUCCAAGCUAAGUUAAUUGAUACUAUUGUGGAAAAAUCAAAAAAACCAAUAAUGAAGAUAGAAUUAAUCCAUAAUGAAUCUAGGACUAAUCUAAGUACUGAAUAGUUUUGGAACAUAGUAGAUGGAAAAUCAAACUUAUUGAUGGUUUUCUAAUCGCAAAGUGAGUUUGUCUUUGGAGCCUACACUCCAUGUAAAUGGGUCAAAAGUAAAAAGGGGCAAUAUGUUAACGACGAAACACUAUCAUCUUUCAUAUUUUCAUAAACAAACUUUAAAAUCUAUCCAAUAAAAUAAGAAGGCAGCGGAUGCGCUAUUUAUUGUUGUACUUCAUAUGGACCUAUAUUUGGAGGAACAUCCUUAUUUAAUGGAUCCAUAAUUAAUUAUUUUUCAAAUAAAAGCCAUUUAAUGAUACUUACAGAUCUUAAAAAUGGUAGUUCAUCACUUGGAAUCUCAUAUGAAGAUGAAGAUUUGACACAUAUUAAAGGCCAGACCUUAUUAUUUGGUUAAAUUGAACCAAAAAUUAUAAUGUAUGAAAUAUCUUAAUUAUCAUUUAUUUGA